AAAAGAGCAGAGCAACAAAGCAAGAGAGAUAAACAAAGCCAUACAAUUUUCUUUCUUUGAGCAAAAAGCAGACCUUGAGAAGAUGUCUUCACCGCGAAGCUCAACUUCAUCAUCCUCCCCUCCGUCUUCCCUCCCCAACGGCGUCACCACUGGAGCAAACAACCCUAACCGUGAAGAGCCUACGGUGACGUCGACCCAACAACCCAACUCCGACGCCACCACUGGACCAAACAACCCUAACCGUGAAGAGCCUGCGGUGACGUCGACCCAACAACCCAACUCCGACGCCACCACUGGAGCAAACAACCCUAACCGUGAAGAGCCUGCGGUGACGUCGACCCGACAACCCAACCCCGUUGCUGUUCCGUCGCCCCACCGUUGCCACGACCCAAAUGCUGAAGUGGUAGCGUUACGUCCAAGGACGUUCUUAGCGGCGGGCAUAUGCGAAUUGUGCGGCAAAGAAUUUACACAAGAACAGAUUCGAGACUUUUAACAGGUGAGAACCCCACAAUCCAUAAAGGAGACAAAAGUGAGUAGAAGUGGAAAUGCGAGUAAUGCUAUAAGCGUAAAAAUGUUUGCAAAAUAAAGUUAUAUCUAAGCUUGUUUAUACCAUCUUUUCUAUUUAAACUAUGUAUCUUCUUUCUUGGUAAUAAUGUUUGUUUCCUUUUGAUAAUUUCCGUUUUCAAUGA